AUGGCUACUUCUUCAGCCUCCUCUGCAAUCCUCAAAGCCAGGCUCUCUUCUCCUUCUCCGGCCAAGCUGACUGCGAUCACUGUUCAGAAGCUUGUCUCCUUCAGCCCAUUCAUAAACCCACUCCCCUCUCAGACCCUCAAAAUCUCCACCACCGCCUCCGCCAGAAGAUCAUUCUCCUGCAAGAGCCAGGCCGAAUCGUCCGAUCCCAGAUCUUCCAAAGUUCAGGAACUGUGCGUUUACGAGAUAAACGAACGGGAUCGCGGCAGCCCUGCCUACCUCCGCCUGAGCCAGAAAACCGUCAAUUCACUCGGCGAUCUAGUCCCUUUCAGCAACAAGGUUUACACAGGGGACCUGAAAAAGCGUGCAGGGAUAACGGCGGGGAUAUGCGUGCUGAUAAAGAACGAGCCGGAGAAGAAGGGCGACCGCUACGAAGCCAUCUACAGCUUCUACUUCGGGGACUACGGCCACAUAGCGGUGCAGGGUCCCUACCUCACCUACGAGGACACGUGGCUGGCGGUGACGGGUGGAUCCGGCAUCUUCGAGGGGGUGUACGGCCAGGUGAAGCUCCAACAGCUCAUCUUCCCUUUUAAGCUCUUCUACACCUUCUACCUCAAGGGGAUACCGGAUUUGCCGGCGGAGCUGCUCGGUGAGGCCGUUCCCCCGUCCCCGGCGGUGGAGCCCACGGCGGCGGCGAAGGCCUGCGAGGAGGGGGCGACCCUGCCUAACUUUACCAAUUAG